AUGAAUCCUAAAAGAGAACGAAUCAUCCCGCACAAGCGCGGCCUUUUACCUUUAUCAACCUCAUCCUCAACCUCAACGUCAUCUUCAUCAUUGACCAGAUCCAAAGUCCACAAAGCCAUAAACCCAAGCGCUGUCCCAGCAAUUAUCCAACUUCAAAAACCAGUCUUUUCAUCUUUGAAUGCGACGAUAGAAAAAGAAGAAGAACACAAACAAGAAAACAAAAGAAAACGAUACGCUACAACCCUGGAAGACAACAACGAAAAUACGAACAAGGUAAUCCGUAUCGAAUUCGAUUCUUCGCAAGCUCCUCAACCGUUUCUAGAGCCGGAAUUGGCUCAGAGGAUUAUUGAAGCGAGGCGUAAGAAACGAAUCGAAGAGGAAAGCGAGAAAGAAGAUGUGAAUAAGGAUGCCACGGCGGAUUUGAAUACGGAACGAGAAGUGCGCAGAAGAGCGGCACAAAGAGACUACGGCAGGUUGCGCUCAAGUCUCCGGCUCAGGAAGUAUCACUACCGCUCAAUCCCACAAGAUACACAGAUGGCACCACAAAAACGAAAAGCACCAAACGGUGCAGAAGUGUCAUCUGCAAGAAGAAACAACGUGUCCCAACCCAACGGACAACGACAAAACAACGACAUCAACGCUCCUCACCCAGGUGCCCAGCAGGCCGAAAACUUUGGCAUUGUGCUUCGCGAAUUCUACCCUCCCGAAAUGAGCAAUGCGCGGUGCGAAGCGUACAAUAACGGUACACUAGAACGUCCCGUCGACACACUGAACAGGGCAUAUGCAGAGACCGACCCGAUUCGAAAGGAAAUCAAACCGCGAAACGCAGUCGUGCAUUGGUUUAAGGGUGAUUUGCGAUUAAACGAUAAUCGAGCGCUAAAGAUGGCGUCUGAGUUGGCGGCAAAGAAUGAAAUUCCGCUGGUAUGUAUGUAUAUCAUGUCGCCGCAGGAUUUGACGGCUCAUUGCUCGAGUCCAGCACGGGUGGAUUUUACGCUUCGCAAUCUGAGGGUGUUGCAGAGGGAGCUUGGUACACUUGAUAUUCCGUUGUAUAUAGAGACGCAAGAGAGAAGACGGAAUAUCCCCGAACGAAUUGGGGAGCUGUGUGAGCAGUGGGGUGCUAGUCAUCUAUUCGCCAAUAUUGAGUAUGAAGUAGAUGAGUUGCGGAGAGAGGCGAAACUUGUACGAUUAUUGGCUGAUAAGGGCAUUGCGUUUGAGACUGCUCAUGAUUCUUGUGUUGUUACGCCUGGUGCUUUGCAGAGUCAACAGGGGAAACAGUAUGCGGUGUACUCGCCGUGGUAUCGUGCAUGGAUGGGCUAUCUCCAUCAACAUGGUGAUCACAAUCUACGUGUUCUAGAACCGCCAGGUAAGAAUCACGAGAGUGCCCGAUCACAUUUCGGGGAUCUGUUCGAUAGUCAAAUCCCUGGCGCAUCAGAGAACAGACGUCUUUCCGACGAAGAGAAACAACGAUUUGAGAAAAUGUACCCAGAAGGCGAACAAGAGGCGAGGAAACGAUUGGAUGAAUUCAUCACGACAAGGGUAAAGGAAUACAGCAAGAAGCGCAGUAUGGUGGAUGGUCAAUACACGGCUAUUCUCAGUCCGUAUCUUGCAUCUGGAGUUCUCAGUGCGAGGACAGCCGUUUCCAAGGCCAAGGAUGCCAACGGCGGAUAUCUGGAUGGGAAGAAUGCCAGUCUCGCUUCGUGGAUUAGUGAAGUCGCCUGGCGUGAUUUUUAUAAACAUGUCCUUGUCCAUUGGCCGUUUAUCUGUAUGAACAAAUGCUUCAAACCGGAAUUUACAAACGUCACCUGGGAAUACGACACAGACCUCUUCACUCGCUGGACAGAAGGUCAAACAGGCUACCCCAUCGUCGACGCCGCAAUGCGCCAACUCCGACACGAUGCCUGGCUCCACAACCGCAACCGCAUGAUCGUCUCCUCAUUCCUCUCCAAAGAUCUAAUGAUUGACUGGCGUCGUGGUGAACGUUAUUUCAUGGAAACUCUAAUCGAUGGCGAUUUCGCUUCUAACCACGGCGGAUGGGGGUUUGGAUCUUCUACUGGUGUAGACCCCCAACCUUAUUUUCGAAUCUUUAACCCUUUGCUUCAAAGUGAGAAGUUUGAUCCGAAUGGGGAUUUUAUUAGGAAGUGGGUGCCGGAGUUGAGUGAUAUCAAGGACAGUAAAGCGAUUCAUGAUCCGUAUGGGAGAGGGGCGGGUGCUAUUGCGCAGAAGGCGGGGUAUCCGAGGCCGAUUGUAGAGCAUGCUGCUAGUAGGGUUAGGGCUUUGAAGAGGUAUAAGGAGGGGAUUGCGAGGGAUAAGCCGUGA